UAUUUAUAAAUAAUCAUUGGACACAAUGCUGCGUCCUUUGGCCAUCUUGAGAAGACCCCGAACGAUGUUCAAAACAGUGACGUAUUUCCUUUUACCGGCAAAAUUGCUUCGAUAACAACAGGAGCCCUACCCUAUCGUCAUCAUCAUCCAUAAGUUCAAAGAUGGCGCUUGCUAGUGUGUUGCAGAGUGAGUCAGUAGAUUUUUCAAACUAUGGUCGCCAGCGUCAUGGCUUCGCCAGUGGUUUGUAUGAAGCAGAGUUGGGUUUGGAGUCUGUUGGAGGAGAUCGACUCUCUUUCGCUCUGAGCACCUCGUGCUCUAACGGAGAUGGACCAGAUAGAAAGAUUGAAUUCCUUCAUGGCACAACCACAUUAGCCUUCAAAUUCCAGCAUGGUGUCAUUGUGGCUGUGGACUCCAGAGCCACAGCCGGCUCCUACAUCGCCUCCCAGACAGUGAAGAAGGUAAUAGAGAUCAACCCCUACCUGCUGGGCACCAUGGCUGGAGGUGCAGCUGACUGCAGUUUCUGGGAGCGCUUGCUGGCCCGCCAGUGCCGCGUCUACGAGCUCCGCAACAAGGAACGCAUCUCAGUGGCAGCCGCCUCAAAACUGCUGGCCAACAUGGUGUACCAGUACAAAGGCAUGGGCCUUAGCAUGGGAACCAUGGUGUGUGGCUGGGACAAGACUGGACCAGGUCUCUACUACGUGGACUCUGAGGGGAACCGUGUGUGUGGGGACCUGUUUGCAGUGGGCUCUGGCUCCAUGUACGCGUAUGGCAUCGUGGACAGUGGUCUGAAGCAGAAGGACCUGACAGUGGAGGAGGCCUGUGAUCUGGGUCGCAGGGCCAUCUAUCAGGCCACAUACCGUGAUGCCUACAGUGGAGGACAGGUCAACCUCUACCACGUCCACAGUGAGGGCUGGACCAGAGUGUCCCAGUCAGAUGUCCUAAUGCUGCACCAACAGUACCAGGCAGAGAAGGCAUAGAGAGGAGUUGGUUCAUGUAUGGUGAGAGAAGGGCAGGGGUUAAUAGAAUGUAUGGGAGGGUAGAUGUUAUGUGACAGCCUUGGGGAGACAAUUCAAUCAAAAGAUAAUGGUGUUUACACACAUCCAAACUUGGCAUAGGAUCUGGAUGACUGAAAAUGACCUUUAAAGAUAUUUGUAACCUGGUUGUCACUACAUUUUCCAUGCUCUGCCAGGGAUAAAGGGGUGUUGCUACGUAGUGGCGUUGCUGACUUUUAUUUUAUUUUGACUGCUCUGUAACAUUUUUAAUAAAUGUUCUCAUUCAUUCUCAUCUAACGUGUGCUUUUUAAAAUAAAAUAAAUGUUAUUUGUAACAGUGAAUUGAA